GUGUCAAUCACUCUGCAGCGCGGGGCACUGUUUGCUAGUGUUUACAAAUCUGAGAGCAAAGCGAAUACCACACCGAAUAAGGGAAACACGGGAAGGGGUGCCUGCCAGCAUGGCGAAAUGCAAGCUAGUUCUGCUGAGGCAUGGGGAGGGGGCAUGGAACAAGGAGAACCGCUUCUGCAGUUGGGUGGAUCAGAAGCUGAGCUGCGCUGGGGUGAAGGAGGCCCAGGACUGUGGGAAGCUGCUGAAGGAGCUGGGCUAUGAGUUCGACCUGGUCUUCACCUCCAUCCUGAGCCGCUCCAUCCAGACAGCCUGGCUGGUUCUGGGGGCCAUGGGCCAGGAGUGGGUACCAGUGGAGAAGUCCUGGAGGUUGAACGAGCGGCACUACGGCGCCCUCAUCGGGCUCAACAGGGCCGAGAUGGCUCUGAACCAUGGCGAGGAGCAGGUCAAGAUCUGGAGGAGGAGCUACGGAGUCAUGCCCCCGCCCAUUGACCAAUCACACCCUUACUUUUUGGAGAUCUACAACGACCGGCGGUACGAGACCUGCGACCUGCCCAAGGACAAGCUGCCCCGGACGGAGAGCCUGAAGGAGGUGCUGGACAGGCUCCUGCCGUACUGGGAGGAGGUGAUCGCUCCGGAGAUCAAAAAAGGGAAGAGGGUGCUCAUCUCGGCACACGGGAACAGCACCCGGGCUCUGCUGAAACACCUGGAAGGUAUCUCAGACGAGGAGAUUUCCAGCCUUACCCUGCCCACCGGGGUGCCUGUUGCGUUGGAACUGGAUGAGAACCUGCGCCCCACCAAGCCUCACAAGCUGCUGGGAGAUGAGGAGGCGAUUCAGGCAGCGAUUAAGAGAGUGGAGGAUCAAGGAAAGGUCUUGGUCCCAGCCAAAUAGAACCCUGCUGCUUCCAGAACACAGCUUCAUAGAGACAGGGUUUCUUUCUGCUGUUAAAUUAAUAUAUAUAUAUAUAUAUAUAUUUUUAUUUGACAAGGAUACUGUAAUAAUUGAUCAAAUACACAGCAGAGAUGCUGGCACGUAAAUGACAUGUGAAAAUAACAGAGCUCUUAAAAAAUCCCUUUGGUUUGCGAGUAACCCGAGGAUGAAUGUGGUACUUUUUCACAUAUUUGAAGCAAGUUAUGUGAGGUGGUCUGUGGAGACCCCUGAUCAGAUGGAAGUGGAGGGAGAGAGGGAGAGAGACUGUGCUUACGAUUUCAAUGCAAUUCUAACUUUGCAAAGCUUUCCAUUAAAUAAAAGUUGGGAGAGCAUCAAAACUAAAACUAAGACUAUGCAAAAACAUUCUUGGUUCGGUACAGAUAACGACCAAUACUUUUUUUGCCUCUAAAUUGUAUUUCUAGCGAUCUUUGUUUGAAUAUUCAGAAACGUGCCCCUAUACAAAGAUAUAAGACUCGCCUUACGUUACUUGCUGGAAUUCAUGUUCGUGUCCAGUGUUCAGGGUUUUUUGUCAUCAUUGCUGAUAAUACCUGCUUUUGCUAUGAGAACUUGUAACCUAAUUGAAGGCACAAACUUUUACAAACUAAGAAGUUACAAAACCAGAAGCCAACUCCUCAGUGCUUCUUUGUUUAAUUUUAAUUUAAAAGCUACUAAAAAGCUAAGUUGUUUAGAGCUAAGUUAUGUAUAUAAGUGUUAUUGUAUGUUACUUAUAUUUCUGAAGAUAGAAAGAUGGUUUAUUUAAUUGCAUGACACUGAGUCAUUGAAAUACAAUAUUAUAUGCACUGUUAUGGGAUUAUGUAGGGACAUUUUUAAUUUAACACACCUACACCAGACAAUAUGAAGAGUGCACUUACCUUCUAAUUUUAAUACUUUCAAGAAAGUUGGUACCUCUGAUAAUAAGCUCAAAUUGAAGAGAUCAGCUCCUCGAGAAUUACUUGAAUUAUAAAAAUUAUACAAAAACUCUUUGGGAACAAAGACCAUCCCAUUUUGUUUUUUUAUUUUUUUUAUUAUUUGUUUGCAUUACAAGCUGUACCCCAACUAGAAGGUGUCAUGCACAGUUUUACCUCCUACUGCUGCAUGCAGCAGCGUGAGUUAGAGUGUGCCAGAGGCAAACAGCUUUCGCAGGCGUGUCCCUGCAGCUAAAACUAGCUUUGGGGAAUAUAAAGAAACUGAACUGUCAACAAGAUCUGUUUCACCGGACUGAAUCCUGGUUGACUGAUUGCCACAUUCUUCCAUUGCAUAUCCCAGUAAUUCUCAGAAAACAUACCUUGUUGGCUUUCCAGUUUGUUUCCAUGCCCUAAAGGUAGUUUCAGCCACAUGCAUACAAGUUUCGGUAAAGCUCAUUGUAUUAACUUGCAGCAGGGGGUGGUUAUGAACACAAUACGCAAGCUUGGUUGAAGCUUAGGAAAGCAAAACAAAAAUGUAAACAAAUGCCAAAAAAAAAAAAAAAAAAAGGUGAUUUUUCCUUUUUUCCGGUUUGUGUUAUUCUCAUAGCUCUAUUUGUAUCAUCUGGGCUCACAAGGUACACUACUUUUCAUUUAAAACCACAUCAUCUGCAUCGUUGUGUAAUUUAUACAGCAUGCACCAACCUUUUACAAAACCUUGGGGCAAAAACUCAAAUAUUUUGUGGUGUUUUUUUUUUAAUGCUAAGUCUUUUUUAAUAAGUGUGUAUUUGUGUGCCUCUGGUUAUAAAGUAAGCAUUAUAGAAUUGUAAUAGGCAUGUAGAUACAUUGGACUCUGUAGCAAUACUAG